UCCUGAUGAAAUAAAUUUUAUAUCGAAGGAAAAAUAAUAGAAAAACAUUUGAAAAAUAUCCUUGAAGCUAAAAUGGCAAAAUAUCAUCUCGAAAUAAUGAAAUAAUAAAAUCUUACUCAUUAUUUGUUGUAUAGUAUCCGUAGGCCUGUUCCUUUUUUAGCUGUGCACUUUUUGCUAAUCUAACCGAACCUAACCCGAAAGGUUGUCCAUAGAUCUCAGUCCACUGUACCUUUGUAAAAAGAUUUAUUAUUGUUCGUGAAAACCUUUUUGUCUCUCAACGAUGAGAUUAGAACGUGGUUUAUCCUUUAGCUAAGAAUUAUGCUGUGCACAGCUCAAAGAGAAUCGUAAUAAGAGAAUCUCUGUCAUGUGACAUAACAAUAAUAUUAUAUGCCGAAAUAAUUUCCCAGAAUAUCGAGAAAGCAGAUGAGAAGCUGCUACCGUUGCUGCUUCGUUAAUCGGCAAAGAUGCCGGUCGGCGUAUUUCCGGCCCUUAAAUUGGGCGUACUCUUUGUCAAACAAAUCAGUAAACCUUUAGCCAAAUUUCUCGUCAAUCAAGCAAAGAGUCAUCCGAUUUUCAGGACUUACUUCAUCAUACCGCCUGCUCAAUUUUAUCAUUGGGCGGAGGUGAAAGCAAAGAUGUAUAUCAUGAAUCUUGGUAAGCCCACAAAGGUGGCAAAGCUGAACGAGACUAUGGCUAUUGAAUUGGGUGCUAGUUUGAUGGGCGAGUUGAUUAUUUUUGGUGUAGCUGGUGGAUGCGUGAUCCUGGAGUACAAUAGACAGGUCACGAAAGAAGCGAAGAAGGAAGAGGUCCGUCAAAUGCAGAUACAGAAGUUUACGGAUGAUAUUCAGGCGUUGUACGAUACUACGUUGCAGCAGGAAGCUCGUAUCCAUUAUCUGCAAAAUGCAAUCCGUGACUUGGCCAAGCAUACAAGGCACAAGUUACCCGAACCUGUAUCCCCGCAGGAAAUAAGCAACAGUUUGGAAGACAAUACAAAAAAAAAUUCUAAUAAAAAUAGUAAGAGUACAACUGAAGCGAGUACAGAAAGCGAAAACAGAUCAAUGAUAGAGCGUGCUAUAGUCUAUUAUAAAGAAUUAAAACCGGAUAAAAUUAGUUAAAUUAUAUAUUUAACUACG